UCCCGACAUGCAAAGCCUUUCCCCUCCCCACGCUCGAUCAAAUCUGGAUCUCGGCGGCGGCGCCUCCUCCCUCUCCCCACGCACCGACGCAUCCUUUGGAGCCCUCCCCGCCACCUCCCUUCCGAGCGCCCACGCGACUGCCCCUCCUCGCCGUAUAUCGCGGCCGUGAGAGCCUCAAGAGGCUGGGCAUGGAGGACCGCUUCAAGGGGAUGAUCUUCUUCGAGACUCUGAACCCGCUGUGCCUGCUGACUGCUGUUGCCGUGCGACCAGGCGCCCGAGAUCUUCGACAUCGCUGGUCACUUCGCUGGGCCAGGCAGCGCCAACGACCUGCCUAGGAUCCCCGAUUCCCCGUCAUAUGCAAGCCCAACGUCGGCGCCAUGGAGCCGUCCCUCAAGAUCGCCAACGUCAACACUACAAGGCGGUAAGCCCUCCCCUCGAGCUCGACUCCAGCCCGGCGACGACGACGACCUGAUUCCUACCGGUGGACGAUGAUGUGCUCUGGCCCAACCGCCUCGACCUCAACAAGCCUCCUCAAGAUUCGUCACCGUGGGCUGCGCCCCUCUCUUCCUUCACGACCAGGAGUUGACGAGGAGAACCAUCAACUUGAUUGAUUGGUUGUCUACUCGAAAAGAAAAGAAGAUGAAAAUGAGUGGAUCUGAAGAAGGAGAGAGGGCAAGAAGAAGAGACGCCGUGCGGCUUGUAGUGGGUGAGAAUUGUCUAGCCGGCAACGGAUUUCCAGCAAGGGCGGCAGAGAAAAAUCCAUGACGAGAUGAACGCCACCACGAUCAUGGAUGUCAUCGAGGUACCUCUGUUUCCUCAGUCCUACUCCUACCAGGAAAGUUUUCAGAUAGUUACUGCUAAGAACUUCUAUGCAGUUCUCUUGGGCAAUAAAACUGCAGUCACUGGAGGGAGCAAACCAAAUGACCAUAUAUUUAUCUACUACUCAGAUCACGGGGGUCCUGGAGUCCUUGGUAUGCCCAACCUGCCAUAUCCCUAUGCUGUGGAUUUUAUCAAGGUCUUACAAGAAAAACAUGCAUCCAACCCCUACGCAAAAAUGGUUAUAUAUGUGGAAGCUUGUGAAAGUGGCAGUAUUUUUGAGGGUUUGAUGCCUGCAGACCUCAAUAUUUAUGUCACAACAACAUCUAAUGAAGAAGAAAGCAGCUGGGGUACAUACUGCCCAGGAAUGGAACCAUCGCCUCCUUUUGAGUAUAUUACCUGCUUAGGUGAUCUCUACAGUAUUUCUUGGAUGGAAGACAUGUAUGUAACUCGUAACCUAAAUUCACAAUGAUUAGAUUAAUUUACAGAGUACCAGUGUUUAGCAGAAUAGGGUACAAUGACCAGCAGCUGAUGAGUUAUAUUUAGUUGCACUACUUUGCACUGCAUAGUACCUCAAGGAGGAUUUUGUAACAAGUCAUGUCCAUUCCUUCCUUUAGUUCCGAAGUACAUGGCAUAGAACCUGCGAAUCUGGAUUACACAAGUCUGCUGAAGAAUCUGUUUGUAUAUUAAGCAUUCACUUAAUGACGUGUUUGGUUAUCCUAGUUCCAGGUUCAGAUUGUUUGUAGAGUAAUCAUACAUCAAUAGCGUAUGUGCGGUCUGUAUAAAAUGGAUAGGCGUAAGUUUUCUUAACCAACUUGCUGCGCAUUAUUGGUUCUAGCUGAAAUAUCUUUUCCCCUGCAUCUUACACCAAGGGAGAUUCAGGGAAUAAGUGAGGUGCAUAAGUAUAACAACAAGGCAGGCGAGAUACCAGUGGUGUAGGCUUCAACAUUCAGUCGUUGUGGCCACAAUGCACUCUUAUUUAAUAAUAUAAUUUGCAUGUUUUAUAUUUGAGAGGGAAUUAGAUUUAGCCUAGCCGUGCCGUCCAUCCCAGAUGCUAAUAAAUUGUGUAACUACAUAAGUUCUUUUUUGACUGCAGAAAUAGCAUCGGCUGCAAAGAUGGAGUAUGUUUUACAUGUUUUUUUGUUGUUGAAAAAAGUAUGCUUUUCAUCUUAACCAUACACUCGACAAAAAAUGUUGUUUUGCUGAAGAAUUUCUUUUCAGCUAUGGUAUUUAAGCUCAGAGUUACUAACUCAAUGAGGUGUAUUAUAAAUUUGGAGGCACUAUUUUUUUUUCAUAUACAGAAAUGUAUUUGACACCUCUGAGCAUCUACAGAUCUUGCAAUUUGUAGAUAGCAUUUGCCUUCCGAAAAGUUUCCUUGAGACCAUGUGAGUCUGAAGAUAAAUUGUUUAAUAGUGAAUGUUGUUAUAUUUAUGCAAGUUGGAUGCUAUUAAAAAUUUCUUAUUUCCCAUUUUGGGAAUGAAUUGUGCUUUAUACUAGCUGUUAGAGAAAUAUUGGAACACAGUGUGCAUGAUAGUUCUUUUUAGAAUACGUAAAGAACUUUGUAUCCCGAUGAACUCACGAAAAAAGAGAUUUGGAAUUAUGUCCAAGCCUAAAGAAGGGCCAUGCCUAAAAUAGAAUUCCGCACCCCUUUCUAAUAUUACUAACGGGUUGAUGUUGUUGCACGUCGUGGCGGGGACGGCCGUGUAGCAGCCGUAUGUGCACUGCUUGUGCGGGGCGCCAAUCUGGAGGCCCCUGAUCCGAAGGGAAGCCACUGGAGCUGCUGUGGGAGAUGGUGGCGGUACGCUGGUAGAGCUGGGAGCAUACGUGGAGGGGCUGGACCUACUGGUCCUUGAAGGUGCUGAUAUACAUAGGUGCUUUGAGAAAAAAAUCAGUUAGGUAUGAUUCUCAGUUCUCACUACCUCCGCGGGAUGCAAUUAAAAUUUCAAAUCUUUAUUGUUAUUUCCGACUAAUUUUGCGGCUGAUUGGACAAUAUCAGUUACUAACUUAAUUCAAAUGGCUGGACAAUUAUCUGACACAAUUUUAUAGUGUUUUACUUUAUUUCUGUAACUGUUACCCUAUAAAUUUAGUUUGUUUUGUAUGUCUGCUCCACUGGGCAGCUGCUGCAAGCUUUCAAGUUUGGCUCUUGCACCAUUGUUUCAUAUUUGUAUGCUCUAUUUUCCUGUUCAAUCAUUUUGGUAUUUAUAUAUGGCCUGUGUUUGUGAGAAUCUUAUUCAAUCAAAGGUUAUAAGAUAUAUUACAUUGCCUUUGUUAUCUCUCAUAUAUAUUUUACAUAGAUCACUAUAUGAAAAACUUAACCCUUAUGAGGUCGCGAUUAUGUUACAUGUUGACUACAUAUAUAGUUUGUUCUACAAAUCAUCGCGUUGAACUUGCAAAAUCAGGUUGGAUGUAGCUCUGAUAUAAUUAUGUAUGAAGUGAUAUGAAGGUGCGCUCAUGUCUUGCAAGAUGUCAUGCAAGACAUCCUGCUUCUGUAUCAUGUAAAUGUGCACAUCAUUGAUGCACGAACACUGAUUUUUUUUUCCAUCUUUGAAUGUUCCAUAGGAAGUUCAGAUUUUUAUUGACCAUUUUUGUACAUAACUAUGUAUUUUUUUCAUUGAUAAUUAGGUGAAUUCAUUUAUAUGGAGGUCGCAUUGUUUUUUAGGGAAUUAUUCCCCUGGUGAAUUGGUGGGCAUUAUCAAUGCUGCUGCAUUUUAAGUUAGUGGUCAAAAUGCUAGCUAGGAUAAAUGACAGUGAUGUAUUUGCAUUGCUGCAUAAAUUCAUGGAGUGAUUCAUAUUUUCUUGACUCAUUUUACGUGU